UCUGGACUUAAGUAUUUGUGACGUAAUAUAACCUAUUGUGAUGUCAUCAACAACAGCAGCCCCUGCAUUAGCAGGCAGUACAAUGGAUGCAAAGCUCGAUGGUUGGGAUAUAGCGACGAUUGUGUUGUACUUUGUGCUUGUUAUCGCCGUCGGCUUGUUUGCGAUGUGCAGAUCGAACCGGGGAACCAUCAGCGGUUACUUCUUGGCUGGCAGGACGAUGAUGUGGUUGCCAGUUGGAGCGUCUCUGUUCGUAAGCAACAUCGGUAGCGAACAUUUCAUUGGUUUGGCAGGAUCCGGGGCUGCCAUUGGUUUAGCUACGGGAGCGUGGGAGGUCAAUGCGCUCAUAUUAAUCCAAUUGUUGGGCUUCGUAUUCGCGCCGAUCUACAUAACAUCGGGGGUCGUCACAAUGCCCGAGUAUCUUUCAAAAAGAUUUGGCGGGAAGCGACUCCGUGUGUUCAUGGCGGUGUUGUCGUUACUUCUUUAUAUUUUCACCAAAGUUUCGGUUAAUUUAUAUUCUGGUGGUUUGUUUAUCCAACAAUCUCUUGGAUGGAACAUUUACUUAUCAAUGAUCGGACUCAUCAUGAUCACAGCAUUACUCACUGUAACUGGUGGUUUGGCCGCUGUAAUAUACACUGACACUCUACAAGCAGUUCUAAUGAUAUCAGGCGCAACAGCACUUUCAGUGUUAAGUUUUAUCAAAGUUGGUGGUUACGAGGCAAUGAAGGAACAAUACAUGCAAGCAAUACCUAACUCAACACUACAGGGAAAAACACCAGGAUGUGGUUACCCACUGAACGAUUCCUUUGUUAUGCUACGCGAACCAACUGAUCCUAACGUACCAUGGCCUGGAUUCAUAUUUGGACAAACACCAGCGUCUAUAUGGUACUGGUGUGCAGAUCAGGUGAUUGUACAACGAGCGUUGGCUGCCAAGAGUCUUUCCCAUGCACAGGGCGCAACCAUUUUCGCAGGGUUCCUUAAAACUCUCCCCCUUUUCAUCAUGGUUAUGCCCGGUCUCAUAAGUAGAAUUCUAUACACAGAUGAAGUGGCUUGCGUUGAUCCAGAGGUUUGUUACGCGAUCUGUCAAAGUUCCACGGGGUGUUCAAACAUUGCGUUCCCUCGGUUGGUGCUGGGAGUGAUGCCAACAGGCGCGCGAGGGUUAAUGAUGGCUGUGAUGAUCGCUGCGCUAAUGAGCGACCUCGAUUCAAUAUUUAACAGUUCAAGCACAAUAUUCACAAUCGAUAUUUGGAAACGAGUGAUCCGACCAAAAUGUUCCGUUCGUGAAAUGAUGUUGGUUGGCAGGUUAUGGGUGCUGGUGAUGGUGGGGUUGAGUAUUGCAUGGGUCCCCGUUAUGCUUCUGCUUCAAGAUGGCCAACUAUUCCUUACGAUCCAGGAGAUCAGCGGUUACCUCUCCCCGCCCAUUGCUGCAAUAUUCCUACUUGGCGUUUUCUGGAAGCGCUGUAAUGAAAAGGGAGCUUUCUGGGGUUUAAUGGCCGGGUUCGUGGUCGGCAUCGUUCGAAUGAUUAUCGUGUUCUCUUUCCAAAGUCAAGCCGGAAACUGUUUGGUACCAGACACGAGACCUCAGUGGUAUCAUGACUUCAUCACGAAGAUCAACUUCAUGUAUUACGCAAUAAUCAUAUUCUUCACCACCAUUAUUGUGGCUGUGGUUGUCAGUUUGUGCACCAAGAAACCUCCAAGCAGAUUGCUCAAGCGGUCCACCUGGUGGUCAAGAUUUUUAUCGGAGCCUCGUACGGAUAAUUUAGAGGAGGAGAUCGCGAUGAAACCACUGGAUGAAAAAGCAGAGUUGGAAGCUAAUCAGGAGAAAAAAACGUUAUGCAAGCGAGGAUACGACUGGUUUUGUGGUUAUAGCGCCACCCAGCAGCCAGAAGAAGAAGGCAACAACCGUGAAAAACUUCGUAAAAUUACGAGCAUCGAACAGGACAAGAGAGCAAAGAGACUUUUACAAGUUCUGCUCGUUUUAGUGAUUUCGGCAGGCGUUUAUAUUUUCGGUUACUUUGGGGCUCCACAAUAAGAGGGGUCUGUUGUGUACCAUGAAGGAAUAGAAAAAGUUUCAAACAAUUAAUAUUUUUAUAACCUUAUGGGUAAGAUCAUUUAUUUUAAUUACAAAAUGCACACAAUGAUGUUUUAUCAACAGAAUGCGGUAAUAGUAUAAACUUAUUUAACUCUUCAUUAUUUUUCCAUAUUAUGUUUUGUCGUAAAAACUUCGUUAUCUUAGUUUUGAAGACAGAGUUAUCUCAUUUAAAGAGAUAAAUAAGUUUAUGUUUUGCUCACUGUUAGUUGUUAAUUGCAAUACAGUUAUAAUGGAAAAAAAGAUGAACUUCGAAUACACGUUUUUUACGUAGGGUUAGAUUUAUCAUUCAA